AUGACGGUAAACGAGAAAGUGAAAUUAUUGGACAUGCUUAAGGCAGGCAGUAGCUAUGCGUCUGUUGCCCGCAUGUACGGACUGAAUGAAUCAACGGUUCGCUACAUAAAAAAAGAUGAAUUAAAAAUCCGUAAAACUGCCUCAAUAACGUUCUCCAAGGACACUAAGCGCGUUGUGACUCCUCGUAAUAAGAGGAUUGUGCAAAUGGAGAAUGCAUUAUCAGUGUGGAUAACAGACUGUCGGCAAAAGAAGGUUAGUCUCGAUACCAACAUCAUUCAAACUAAAGCCAAAACCCUUUAUGAUAGCCUUGUUCCUGAAGGGGGAUCGAACAAAGAUGACGAUGAUGGUGAUGAUGACGAUGAUGAUGAUCCUGCCCCACGAGAAAAACGUGGUUUUGUUGCCAGCAAGGGCUGGAUCAAGAAAUUCAAGAGGAGGUUUGGCCUUCGCAGCGUUCCGUUGUAUGGGGAGGCCGCCUCGGCAGACCAAGAGGCAGCUCUUCAUUACGUCGAGGACGAGUUCCCGAAAUUAAUUAAAGAGGGCGGCUAUAUCCCGGAGCAGAUGUUCAAUAUGGAUGAAACUGGCCUCUUCUGGAAGAAGAUGCCGUCCCGGAUGUUCUUUUACAAGGACGAAGUGAAGAAGCCAGGGUUCAAGGCCCACAAAGAUAGAGUCACUCUGCUCAUGUGCGGGAAUGCUGCGGGCUUAAUGCUCAAGCCUGGCUUAAUUUACAAGUCGUUGAAUCCUCAUGCUUUGAAAAACAAAAACAAAGCCUUGCUGCCCGUCUACUGGAUGAGUAAUAAGAUGGCAUGGAUAACUAAAGCCCUCACACUCGACUGGUACUGGUUCGUGAACUACUUUAUCCCACAGGUGAAGUUGUACCUCACGGAAAAUGGGCUGCCCUUUAAGGUCCUCCUCUUGAUGGACUGUGCAGGAGGACAUGCAACGGGCCUGCAUUACGAUGGGGUCCAAGUGGAGUUCCUGCCCCCCAGCACCACUUCCCUCAUACAACCAAUGGAUCAGGGGGUCAUUCGGGCCUUCAAGGCCCUUUACACGAGGUCCACGAUGGAGGGCCUCAUCUCCUCUAUCGACGAAGACGACGAUGACCUCAGCCUCAAGAGAUGUUGGCGGGAGUACAAUAUUGCGACGUGCCUAGCCAACAUUCAGAACGCUCUUAAGGAGAUGAAACAGCAAAUACUGAAUGCAAGUUGGAGAAAAUUGUGGCCAGACGUCGUUCAUGACUAUGAGGGAUUUACGCCAGACGAAGUUCAUCACUCCACCGUAGAUAAGGCUGUGAAGCUGGCGCGGGAGCGGUUGGUAUCCAACGAAGGUUUCUCCAACAUGACGGCGGAAGAUGUCAACUCACUGAUCGAGUGCCACUUGGAGCCCCUAACCGACGAAGACCUCGUCGAAAUGACAAGAUCGGCGAGUGAGGAAGAAGAAGAGGCAGACGACGACGACGAACCUGAGCAACGUGGCCUUACAUUGGACAAUCUGCAAGAGCUCUGCAACAUGGCGCGGGCUAUGCAAAGGGCGCAAGAAAUCGAUGAUAACAUGGUCAGAGCCAUCGAAUUCAGUAACAGUAUUGACGGUGUAAUGGCGUUGUACAAGAGCAUCUUUGCUCAGAUGGAAAAACAACAUCAACAACUUCCCAUCACGAUGUUCCUGGUGCGCCGAAAACCUCCUGCAGAAGUGUCGGAUACUCCUCCUGCUGCCUCUCCGGCUUCCUACCGAGCCACUACGCUGCCUCCUACAGUUUCUCCAGCUCUAUCGGAAGCUGCCAUCGGCAAUCCACCGCCUCUAACAACUGACGAUGAGGCGUCACCUGAGGAGCAGUAA